CGAAGCGACAUGGUGCUGCUCAAGGAGUAUCGAGUCAUCCUGCCUGUGUCUGUAGAAGAGUAUCAAGUAGGGCAGCUGUAUUCUGUGGCUGAGGCCAGCAAAAAUGAAACGGGUGGUGGUGAAGGUGUGGAGGUCUUGGUGAACGAGCCCUAUGAGAAGGACGGUGAGAAAGGCCAGUACACACACAAGAUCUACCACUUACAGAGCAAAGUGCCCACAUUUGUUCGAAUGCUGGCCCCCGAGGGAGCCCUGAAUAUACAUGAAAAAGCGUGGAAUGCCUACCCUUAUUGCAGAACCGUUAUUACAAAUGAGUACAUGAAAGAAGACUUUCUGAUUAAAAUUGAAACCUGGCACAAACCAGAUCUUGGCACCCAGGAGAAUGUGCAUAAACUGGAGCCUGAGGCAUGGAAACACGUGGAAGCCAUAUACAUAGACAUUGCAGAUCGAAGCCAAGUACUUAGCAAGGAUUACAAGGCAGAGGAAGACCCUGCAAAAUUUAAAUCUAUCAAAACAGGCCGAGGACCCUUGGGCCCCAAUUGGAAGCAGGAACUUGUAAAUCAGAAAGAUUGCCCAUACAUGUGUGCAUACAAACUGGUUACUGUCAAGUUCAAGUGGUGGGGCCUACAGAACAAAGUGGAAAACUUUAUACACAAGCAAGAGAAGCGUCUAUUUACAAACUUCCACAGGCAGCUGUUCUGUUGGCUGGAUAAAUGGGUUGACCUGACCAUGGACGACAUUCGGAGGAUGGAAGAAGAGACGAAGAGACAGCUGGAUGAGAUGAGACAAAAGGACCCAGUGAAAGGAAUGACAGCGGAUGACUAAGGCCACCCCUCCCCCUCUGCACUUUUUGCAAGACAGUGGUCAACAGGAAGGCCCAGCAGCUCCACCCUCCCGAGUGACAGGCCAUCUUCGGACGCAGCCUUUCUAUGCCCAUUCUUCAGGCAACUUUCGAUCCCUUACUGUAGCUAAAUUCUAGAUGCCCGUUAAUAUUGUGAACAAAUAGACCGUCUGGUAUUAUGAGGCCCGUGUGUGCAGGAGCCUGCUCCUCUGAGAUAUGUGGCGUGUAGGUUGCUGUAUUUACAGCUCCUCCCUCUCCAACCAUUGUGUUCUCAACCCAUUUCUGUGUGUCCCCCACCCCCUUGAUUUCCAAGUGACAUUUUUAGUCUUUCAAAAUAGCUGCCUUUUGUGAUGUGGUGAUUUAAAUGAUUUAUGUUUGUUUAUUUCCAGCCUUGGGAUGAACUAAGGUAUUUUGCUUCCUGGGCAGAUCUUUGCAAUAUGAGUGCUCACCUUGGGAGAGGGGAUGAGUUAGAAAUACAGAUUUUUUUUUUCCCGCAGUCCCACAGGACAGCAAUGUGGCUUCAUAACUCUGAUCUCUGCUCCCAGUAACCCAGUGUUAAGAGUGCUCCAGGCACCAUGGAAGUACCCAAGGCCCAGCCAGUCUCUGUUUUGAAAACUAAACAAAAACAAAUAACCCCUGGCCCAGGCAUUGCAUCUCUGGUCACUAGUCUUAGAAAUACCUAUGGCUUCUUGGCCCUCCUGUUGCCCACUCUGUCUGAAUCUCUGCAGAGCCCGUAAUAUGCCCAGGUCAACUCUGCGUGGAGGAACUGUCCAGUGUGGCCCUUGGAACUGAGUCUGCCCCACCCCCUUACCCCUAGGAGUUCUGUAUGUCCGUGCUCCUCUUCCCUUUUGGGCUGGUGCUGCCACUCAGCAAUAAUCCUCUUUUCUCUGUGCUUUCUUAGAUUCCUGUCCUCUGUCUGAGGCUGGUCAGGACACAGAGGUCCUAAUCUUUUCAGGCUGCACAGAACAAGCAUGUGAAAAGCUUCCCCAGAACAUGUUUCCCCUUGUCCCUAGUCCUGGAAAGGAAUUUGGGUAUAAGGAACUCAGCUUGUCCUGCCCUCAUGCUGAAUUCUGUCCUGGACAAUCAGAAACAAGUAGUGAUCGUAGUACAGAACUCUACCAAAGCUGGCUGGUGAGAAAGUCCAGGCUGCAGGGAAGAGAAGCCGCUGAGUGCUUCAUAGUUCCCUAUGACUUGGCAGAAGCCAAGUAUGCCUUUCCAGUGGGAGAAUUUGAGAUAGCUGUGGUGCCACCUGACAUUUCCCAAGCCUUGUGAAGGAUGUUGGCUGAGUGUGCAGUGACUCAAGCACAUUUUAGUCUGGGUGCCACUGCUAAUGAGAGACCAAAUCUCUGUUGGGGAGAGAAAAGUAGGAUGGGAUAAUCUGUCCUUAUGUUCUUGUCAGUUUGGCCUUACUCAUUUCUAAGUGCAAUAAGGGAGUGUCUCGCAGGAUUACACCUGUGACUUCCUGAUGGCUGCUUCCCUGUGGCCCUCCUGGGGCAAGGGAGGACAAACUCAGACCCCUCAGCCAGGGUAGCUCUCACCUUCAUUGGGGCCCCUUAGGGAUCAGGAGAUGUCCUGUCACACCUUCCUAUUAGUCUCCUCACCUUGUGGGGUCUGUAGUAAUGGAUCUGGAGCAAUUCAGUUGGUUAUUAGCAUCCCAACUGUUGGUAGCAUUUAUUUGGGAAAGUUGAUGACGCAUUCCUACUGGAGAAAAGUAUAUACAUGUUUUCCUACAAGCUCUGUGUUAGCUAUAAUUAUAUGUGUGCUUAAAGCUUUCUCUUCUUCAUUCUUCAACUAAGUCAAGUCCAGAUGUGGGUUAUCCUGGGAGAAACAAGUGGUGAUAUUCUAAACAGACCACUGUUGAUGUGGCUUGAGGGUCAGCAGAUAUUAGUCUCCUUCCUUCAGCUCUUCUCAGAGAUCCACACAUAUCACUCCAGCUCUAGGGGGAGGGGCUCGCUCUUUGUUAGCCUUUUCUUUGGCUCCUCCCACCUCCACCUGUUGCCCAAUUUGAAAGCAUCCACAUGAGCUGCUAGAAUUUCCAGAAGUCAGCGGGAUCUAGGGCUCUAGCCCACAUAAACAGGAGGGAUGUCCCUGGUCUGUUCCAUCCUCGCGGAUAGUGUCACUGCUGGGCAACAGUGUUGGCUUCUUUUAAGUACCUCCCUUCCCUCCUUAUCCCCUCCCAAACUAACUAGCACUCAGAGGGGCUUAUGAUGCAAGGCUCAGCUCCAGGGGUAGUACCCAAGGAUGUGCCAUGCCUCUUCAGACCAGCUUCUGUUAAGAUUUCCAGGGCUGUAGUCCCAGUUAGAAGCAGCAGUGCCUCUGUAGGAGGGGUGCUGGGCUCUGGCCGCCUCACAGAGAGGUGGGGGACAGGGUCAGUAUUGUGGGCACGUGUAUAUCUUCCCAAACUCUCUUACAGUCCCUACUGGGACUCCCUGACUUAUUUUGGUUGGUUCCUAGUGCUACUUCUUUUACAAAAUACACUUUGUAGAACUGAUUAGAUUACCUUGUUUAUUUAAUGUGAGUUUGUGCCUUUUUGUCUCAAUCUUCCAAUACAGGUAUAUUGGGGGAACAAAAGCAGUCUAAUAAAAUCCUAGACAGAGC